AUGAUUCACUCUCCUGAUUUCCCACCCACCACGGAGCCCGCACCUUUGGGGAUGUCCAAUUCGGGACACCAGGAUUAUCAGGAGAGUAUAGGUGCAGAGGAGGGUUCGGGUGUCGACAAGAGCAUAUCAUGGCACGGACAGCUGGAAUUUAUAGUGUACUGUAUCGCAACUGCAAUAGGGCUGGGAAACGACAUGUGGCGAUUUCCUUUUGUCGCCUACAAAAACGGCGGCGGCGCUUUUCUCAUACCAUACCUUCUGUUGUUGGUUCUUGUCGGUGGGCCGUUGUUUUUCUUGGAGACUUUCCUCGGACAGUUUAGUAGUUCCAAUUGUGUAAAAAUGUGGGAUAUGGUACCAGCGUUACGAGGUGGUGGCUUGGCACAAGCACUUGGAACAUUUUACAUCUUAUCGUACUAUAUGUCCAUGAUAGCAAUUUCUCUAUUUUAUCUGUACAAGAGCUUCGACAACCCUCUGCCCUGGGCGUAUUGCGAUGAAGAGUGGAUAAAUUGCGUAGGAUCGGGACAAAGAGCAAAGAUUGCAAACAGUACCAGCAGUGCCGAGUUUUAUUUCAGAAAAGCUGUCCUUCAUCAGAAAGACGGAAUAGACGACGGGAUCGGUGCGCCAAUAUUGUCCUUAAGUAUCUGCCUUUUAAUUUCGUGGAUUUUUGUGUAUAUUGCCGUCGCAAAGGGCGUAAAGGAUAAAGGAUGGCUGUCGUACUCUUGGGCAGUAUUGCCUUAUGUAAUUUUAUCUAUUCUGUUUGUCAGAGCCGUGACUUUACCAGGAGCAAAAAACGGAAUAGUAGUCUUAUUCAAACCCCAGUGGGUAAAAAUAUUUGAUAUUAAGGUGUGGUAUGCAGCAACCGCCCAAAUCUUCUUUUCUUUAUCUCUAUGUAGUGGCACUAUUUCGAUGUUUGCUUCAUUUAAUAGCUUCAGGCUAGACGUUUACAGAGACGCUAUGGUCGUGACCAGUCUUGACUCAUUUACAAGUUUGAUUUCUGGUGUCACUAUGUUUGGGAUACUGGGCAAUCUGGCACAUGAAUUGGGCCAUGACACCAUAGACAGAGUCGUUGGUUCGGGUGGAGUCGGACUGACGUUUAUUUCUUACCCUGACGCCAUAGCAAAGUUUCCUUUUGCACCGCAGGCCUUUGCUGUACUCUUCUUCGUAAUGACGGCAGUACUCGGUGUUGGAACCGGUGUGUUAAUGUUCUCUUCUAUAAUCGUUGUCGUCAAAGAAUGUUUUCCUAGGGUCGGAACUUUUUAUCUUACGACAAUUGGCUGUGUGUUUGGCUUUUGUACCGGGCUUCCAUAUGUAACACCAGGCGGACAAUAUAUCACUGAAUUAGUUGAUUACUACGGCGGAAUAUUUGUGCGAUUAUUUUCAGCCAUUAUUGAAACUGUGGGAGUUUUUUGGAUUUAUGGGUUGGAGAAAGUGUGUCUUGAUGUCGAAUAUGUUUUGGGAAAAAAAUGUGGCAUCAUAUUGCGGAUCUGUUGGGGAUUGCUAAUUCCUUUAAUUUUGUUCACUGUUUUCAUAUAUUCUAUGAUGACUGAAGAAAAUUUAGAAUAUGGAGACGAUUACAUAUAUCCUAACACCGCUUAUAUGAUCACGCCGCUGGUGCUGUGGUGUGACGGCGCGACUACAGUGGCGCCGCGCCUACGUCUCAGGCUACGAUAG